AUGCAGAAGCCGGCCCCGCGGUUCGGCUACUUGCUGCGCUUCGGAUUCGAGUCGAUCGGUGUGAACUACGUGUCAAUAGAUCUACUACGGAAGGCCAAAAAGGGGCAAACGACCGAGCGCGAAUACUGGGUGUUAUGGAGACUGCUCCAUGACUUGGUGCUUGUGGUGCUGGCCGACUUUGAAGUGGACAGUCUAGAGAUGGAGAAAAUGAAUAACGCUGAGACGCUUGAGAUCGCGCUGCUUGACUCUGAACUGCACGACAUUCAGAUGGAGUUGGUGCGGUUUUACCUUUACGAGUGGGGCUUUGUUUGCGUUAUGUUGUACUCUGAGACACCACGGCCAUCAAGUGAAGUGUUACUGCUUGCCGUCACGUGGCUAGUAGCGUUUUCGAACUUCUUUGAGAAGCAGCGUCGCGAUAUUCUUGAGGUGUGCAAGUUCGUGUCAAAUAGCGUCACAAGCGACUGA